GUGUGCCACUAUCAAAGUACCGUACCACCACCCCUCGAAUGUCAAUCCUUAACUAACUAUUACUACUACACCUCGGAACAUUCAGGAUUGCUUGUUUCUGUAGCCCCAACCCCCAAGAACCUGUUUUCUACCCCCAUACCAUACCUUGCAUACCUAGGUACCUAUGUGAUGGGACCUGACGCAUGUUGAGCACGUCGGCUGCAGUCGCGCCUCCUCACAAAAGGCCAUGAUGGUGCUAGUUGCAAAUAUGGUCGUACCGACGACGACAGCAAGACCACGCGUUGCAAACCUCUCAACCCUCCGACGCUUGCGAGCCGCCGUCAGCGCCGCCGCUCGUGCUGCGCAAGCGCCGAGGCCCGCGACUACUGCCAAGCUUACCACGCUCCAAGAAGCGAACCCUCGGAACCUGCCGGAAGUAUGGUUCAGAUCUACGUUCCCCUUUGGGGGCCCUCAGCCGGUCAUGCCCAAUGGCGGGUCACCACCGCCUGAUCCUCGCAAGGUCAAGCUCGGAAAAACUCUUCGCAUCCUCCAGGAGCGCCUUCCAACACUCCUCGAAUCGCCUCUCCCGCAGGAGAUCCUCGCGCCCAACAUCUCCCUGCACCUCUUCCCCUCGACGCAUCAGCACCUGCCCGUCGUGUCAGGCCGCGUCGCAUACAUCGCCGCGCUAUGGACAAGCCCGAUAGCGUGGAACCGCGUUCCGCUGAUUGGCAACAACCGCCUCGAGAUACUGUCUGAGCGUAUGGUCGACCAACCGAUACAGUCGACCCCUCGAAGGACCGGCGCCACGGGUGAGCAGCUCGUUGUGCGUUGGCGCAGCCUGGGCGGUGGCAACGUCCUCGGGCUCGGCGGCGGCGAUGGCGGCGACACGAGCAAGGAGUUUGUCGGCCUGUUCAUCUUUGAUUUUGAUAUUGAAGGGAGGAUCUUGAGCCAUACCAUCGAAACGGUUCAAGAAGGGGGCCACUGGGAGAAGGGAGUCGGCGCCAAGGUCGUUGGGCUGACGGAUUGGCUUCUUGGAAAUAUCAGGAGAGGCGGUGCACCUGAGGGUAGUCUGGCCGCCUACCAUGCGCCUCGUUUAAGAAGAAGGAGGUGACGGAUACCCUGUACGUCCGUUUUACCACAAGUCUCGGGACGGAAUAUCUGGGCCACCGAUGGCACGAUGCGCAGCCAAGGCCCAUUAGGAAUAUAAUUGCGACCACUACAUGUGAUACAGCAUUUAGUGGUCGGGGAGGUAAGAAAAGAUAUAAGACGGGAGGCCUGCAGGGAGGGAGUGGAAUAGAAAUUCAGGGAGGAGGAUAGGAGGACACCGAGAGUCUCGAAUGCCUCCUUUUGGCAGCAGAACUGAUUAUACGAUAUGGUAUAUUACAGCAACAGAUGACGGCAUAUAGUGUACGAUCGUGGACUUGUUUUUACCGAGGGCGCAAGGCGCCACUAAAUAUCUCUCGGUUGUAUUUUUUGUGCGUGUGGACUAUAGAUUUAGUCAAAAGGAAAUCACUCCAAUUCGAUAAUGUAUGAAAAC